AUGUCCUCUGACUGUCAAGAUAAAGUCAUGCAGACGAAAGAGGGAAGCGCUGAGAACAAGAAAGGCUACAGAAAAUAUAACAUUAAAAAGGAAAGUGUGCUCCCAAGCGUCUACUGUCUGAACAUGGAUCUUGGCUUGAGUCUUGACUGGUUCCUGAACUGUAGUACGAAAGCCUUUACCUCUCAACACCUGGAAAAAAAUCACAGGCCACCUCCCCACUAUCAACCAUUAUCAAUUAUAAGGAACAAGCAAGUGGCCUCCCUGAACAAGAGUACAGACAUUUCAACCAAGGCUUUCCCAAGCUUGGCAGCUCCUGCGAAUGAGUCCUUCGUCUCCUAUGAAAACUCACUGCAGCUAGGAUAUGAACAAGGGUUCCCGUUGCUGUCAUUAAACACUGGGACCAAACAAGUAUCGAGGAAACUCUUCAUCCAGGAAGUCACUGAAUGUCUGCAGGACUCAGCAAGAAGAGACCUGCAGUUCCCGUUGGCCAAAGAAGACACUUGGAAGGUGUUGGUGGCAGAGGCUGACUUGUCCAGAGACGAGGAAGCUGCACUGCGUAAGGCUCUGAGGCAGCUCCUAGAGCUCCCGGUCGUGGAGGACAAAGAACGGCUUCAAAAAGAACUGCAAGACAAGAAAAGGUUUGUGGAAGAAUUUCCUCAGUUGGAAAAGAAGAUAGAGGAAAAGAUCAGGAAGCUCCGAGCUCUGGCUGACCACCUUGACCAGGUGCAUAAGGGCUGCACCAUCUCCAACGUGGUGACCAACACCACGAGCGUUGUCUCUGGAGUCCUGGGCAUCCUGGGUCUAGCUCUGGCACCUGUGACAGCAGGGGGCAGUCUGCUGCUCUCAGCCACUGGGUUGGGGCUGGGGGCAGUGGCUACUGUGACUGGUGUUGCCACUGUAGCUGUGGAAGAAAUAAACAAGUGGUCAGAUGAAGCCAAAGCCAAGCGCCUGUUGUCAGACACCAUGGAUACUAAGAAGAAGGUUCCUAUCCUGAAAAAGAUUGUUCACACACUUUCUAGAGGCUUCUGUAAUGUCUUCAAACAAUUGGAAACCUUGAGACAAAACAUCCGUGCCAUUAGGGUAGCCAGAGCCAACCCUCACUUAGUGGCAGAUGCCAAGCUCCUCAUGACUGCUGGAAGAAUCUCUGCCCAACAAGCUAGUCAGGUGAAGAAUGUCUUUAAAGGCACUGCUCUGGCAAUGACCAAAAAGGCCCGAAUCAGAGGGGCAGCCAUUGCAGGUGUUUUCCUCACAGUCGAUGUGUAUUACCUUGUAAGAGAAUCUAUGCAUUUAUAUGACGGAGCAAAGUCAGAGUCAGCCAAAGAACUACGGGCGCUGGCUCAGGAGCUAGAGGACAAGGUGAGAGAGAUUGCCAAGAUCCACAAGACCCUCCAGGUUUCUUAG